CGCAUCCGCGAAAAGGAGACACGCGAUGGAAAGCGUAAAUAUUUACAUCUCUUGAGUGUACGCUGGAGCAUUUUUUAUUUGUAAUCAUGAUAGACGGGAACAUCUCGAUGGAAGAGGACACGGAAUUACGGGACCUGGUGGUGCAAACCCUGGAGAACAACGGUGUCCUCGCUAAAGUACGGGUGCGUCAUGGGGAUAAGUCGCAAAAAAAGAAAACGAUGCGAGUCUUUACCCUCGCGGAACUCAGGGCGAGCGUGUUCCUGGCUCUCGAAGAACAAGAUUCAGUGAUGAAUCCUGAACCGCUUCUAAACAAAACUGUAAAGCAGUACCUGUCCAAUUCAGAAGGAAAAUUAUUGUUUUGCUUGGUUAGGGAGUUCCUAGAAUAUUUUGGUCUCGACUGUACUAUAUCUGUAUAUGAUCCUGAGACAUACUUUGGGAAGGAAUACAAUUAUGUAGGGAGAAAUAAGCUGUGCGAAGAGUUAGGUAUCGAUUCAACCGAGCCAUUACUUGGAGAGAUUCUCAAGAACAGCAUCAAUGGUGCCUUCAAUAGUACACAGAAGAGUAAAAGUAGUAACAGACACGAUGACACAGACGACGCCUCGACAAACUUUGCGAACGCGACAUUUGAGGUAUCCGUGCCCAAAAUAAUACACAAUGAGUCCGUAUCAUCAUCCAAUGACAAUGACUCCACCGAGAAGUUGGAGAGCAUUUCCGAGCAGAGCCCGAAAGUUCCAAUAAAUGUGACAAUAACAGACAAGAAGUGCAAAGAUCCACCAACUAGCGAUAUUAUAACGGACAUGUCAGAUUGUGAUAAGCAGCAAUCCUUUCUCAGGGAGAACACAAUGGACAAUGACGGAAUUGAAAGUAACAGAAACAAUAAUGUGAAUUUUGAUAAAACUUCUACAUGCACGACGACGAAGGCGCAGGAGAUCAACACAGUCACUACGUCCAAUCAAUCGAGUCCGUUAAACAAAUCCGAGUCCCUAAUUAAGUUCGACGAUUCCAUAGUGAUGGGCGCGCAAACAAAUCAAAGCAAAGAUAUAAGUAAGCAAAACAGUAUAAAUAGUUUGGAGUUAAGUAUAGGCAAUAAUGUACACACACACGCGCAAAACAAGAAGCCAGUCAAUGCAGGAGACAACUUUGGAAAGACUAUAUAUUUCGACGAGAUCAUCGUCGACGGCGAGCGGAAGAAUGUUAGUACAAUGAACAAAGCCGAGACUUUUUUAAAAGACCUGCCAGCUAUAAAUCAAAAGGCUAGCUCUAUAUUCGGUGACUUGCCUCCGUUGAAUGGAAAAAAAGCCAACAUUAACGAUCUGAAGGAGUUAAUGGAUAUCGGUCUUGCUACGGACGGUAUAGACAACUACGAAGAAGACUUUGUGUCAUCUGCGUCCGGCAGCGCGAAUGAACAGAGCCCCUCGAAGGAGCCGGACAAGAUGGACAGCUCUGUCAAUCCGCGAACGAAGAAGGAGGACAAGACUCAAAGUGCCCGUACCGAGGAUCUGAGCGAAGAGAUCGAGGAGAUGGACGAGAUCUUGAGUAGUACCUCCUGUGUAAGUAAGCCGACCUUAAAUUAACGCGAAACUGCGGCACUGUUACUACUUGCAAUUGCACAUAUUUUUCUCCUGUAUGAGUUAUAUACGUAAUUAUAUUGCAUAUAGAACCGUUAUAUAUUUUAGCUCGAAGAUAUGAAUACAGAUAAGAAUAUAUCAAACUUUACGACGGGUAUUACCGCGGAUUAUAUAGAAGAGAUGUAAUUUUUAAUCUCGUGUCACUACGCAGAUCCUAUCUGUAAGAACUCUAAGGAGAUUGUUUUCUCAUGUAAUCCUCGGCGAGAUUAAUAUCCUGUCAAUUAGAGCUCGCGUCUCGCGUAUGUCUGUAUGCUGUAUAAUUAUUGUGAGGAGUUCAGGAACUCUCAGAAUAUUGAUAAACAUGGUUUCUGAUAAAGGCACUGCCAGCUCUGUGGCUCAAUACUUAUAAGUUGCGCUGCAAAAUGAAAAAAAAAAAGAUAACAAGAAAUAAGAAAAAGAAACGUAGAAGGUAAAUGUUUGAAUGCAUACUUCAACAAUAGACGAUAUUUUUCUACAGUUUGUAAAAAUAAGCAACGCACCCAAGUGAUCAAAGUUCACGAUAAUAAGAAUACGUAUCUAUGUUCGACUAAACGUUCAUACGAACUCGAUUUAACACUAAAAGAUACGCCACUGUGACCCAAGAGGCCAUUAUGUGCGUAAAUCUUUGUCCUAGAUAUUCAGAAAUAUUACAAACAAUUGAAGAAAGCAAUAUAUGACUAAUCAACAUUUGCUAUUGCAUCGCGACAUUUGAUUUCAUAAGGAAAAUAUAUUUGUCAAACAUUUCCUUCUUCACGAGUCAUGCAAAAGGUACUUCUCCCUUCGCCGUUCAUCACAAUAUUUAUAAUAACAAAAAUUGAACGGUGAAUACAAAUCAUACAGAAUUGCAUGUUACAUUGUUCUAUUGUUCAAUUAUAAAAUGUGCAGUAUUUUCAAAAAAUUUUUAUCUACAUCUCGGUGGAAAUAUCAUUAUGGGAUAAUGAUGAUUGAAUUGAAUCUUUUAUCUUAUUCGACUUCAGACAGGCUAUAUACCUUCUACGUUAUGUAAAAAAGUAUGCUUAGUAUUAUUAUUCUUACAAACGUAAAGAUUACACCAGUGUUGCGAUAAUUUAAAUAUUAGAGAGAGGUGUCACAUAAACGAGAUACUGCUUGUUAGUAACUUGGUUACACACAUUUCUCUUCUUUCUUUUUCUCUCUCUCUAUUUUUUCUUUAUUUGUAGACGAUCUAUUAGCAUUCUAUUGUGUUUAUCGAAAUACUUCUGUUCUUAAUUUUAUGACUGAACAUUGUCCAUUACCUCAUUUACACAAAGUUACUGAUAUGAUAUUGUAAUAUCAGGAAAUCGUCCGUCUAGAAAUGGAUUGCCUAAAAAAUCCAUCAAAUUAUUUUUUCGAACAUAAUGGUGCUAAGUGUUUGAAGCUAAAGUUAUUUAUGAGAGUUAACGUUGUCUAUGAAAGAAGAAAAAAAAGAUUAGGUGCUUAUAUAUUUUCUUGCAUCCAUGAUUCGCAGGAAAUUAUGAUUGUGUAGUGAAUGAAAGCCGUAGUAGGAACUAGGAUAUUACUUUUUGGGUAAUCCAACUUUUUUCGCGAUCGAAAAGAAAAAGUAGAAGAAAAGGUUCAAAUAAUAUGGAUAUUUUGUGCCCUGUAUAAGAUGCAAUAACUAAGUACAACUCAAGGUGGAUCAACUAGACGCUUGACAAAUCAAAAUCCUUUUGUAAAAAGAACAAGAGAGAACUGUAUAGCCAGCCAUCUUUACAAAAGAAUUUUCAGCAAACGGGUAGAGAAAGACUACGUUGUAAUAUUACCGAUAUUAGAAACUAUGGUUCGAACGAAGGAAUUCCGUCACUAAGUAAUACUAUAUUACUGGCGAUUUACUGAGUGCUGCAUGAGAAAAUAGCAAAACUAAAAAAAAAAAACA